AUGAACGGAAUAUUUGCCAUCGAGAAGCCUAGCGGCGUUUCGUCAAACAACUUUCUCCAGCAGGUGAAAAAUGCGCUAAUGAAGAGCUCCAUCUUCCAAUCGGAAAUACAAAGGGCAGUCAUGGAACGGUCGCAGCAGUACGCCAAGGAGACCGGCAAGAAGCCGUCCAAACGGAAAUUGAGAAAGGUGUCGCAGAUCAAGAUGGGCCACGGCGGGACGUUGGACCCGCUAGCGUCCGGAGUUAUGGUUAUUGGUAUUGGAACCGGUACGAAGAAGUUGUCUGAGUACUUGGGGAAUUGUACAAAAGUGUACGAGACAGAGGCGUUGUUUGGGGUUGGGACGACGUCUGGAGAUAGCGAGGGGGAUAUAAUUGCUGAGACGUCGGUGAAACAUUUGAAUUGGGAGGAUUUGAAGAGUGUGGAGUCGAAGUUUGUGGGUCAUUUGAAGCAGACACCGCCGAUUUAUGCUGCAUUGAAGUUGAAUGGGAAGCCAUUGUACGAGUAUGCGCGUGAGGGGAUUCCGCUUCCGAAGGCGAUUGAGCCUAGACAGAUCCAGAUCCAUUCGUUGCAGUUGCACGAGGACUGUCUUUCGAGAGAUCACGAGUAUCCGAUGUUGCGUGUGAAGGAGGGUUCUGAGGAAGAAGAAGUGUUGAACAAGUUGAAUGCGAACUUGAUGGAGGACAAGUUGUACUUUUCGAAGGAGUAUUGCGAGUCACAGGGGUUGGAGAGCGAGGAAGCACAGGUGGAGCCUUGGAUUCCGAUUACCCAGGAGGAGAAACAGGUUUUGAUGGAGGAAAAAGACAAGUACAGGGCACCGCUUUUGCAUUUUACCACUAGCGUUUCGAGCGGCACGUAUAUCCGGUCGUUGAUCAGCGACAUUGGGAAAGCGAUGCGGUCUUCGUGCUACAUGGUGAAGUUGAUCCGUUGCCAGCAACAGGAGUGGGCCUUGGACAGGCAGAAUGUGUUUAAGCUGGAGCACUUUGAAAACAACGAUGAGAAAGUGUGGUCUGCGGUAUUGCAGAAAGUGUUGAGCGAGGGUUCGAGCGUGAAUGUUGAGCAGGAAAUCGCUAGGGUAGCAUCAUCAGCGGAACCCACUGCUGCCCCAGUGGAAACAUCUGCCCCAGUGGAAACAUCUGCUGCUCCAGCCGAACCAGUGGCCCUAGAAGACCGCCCGGAAACCAAAAGAACAAGGUCUCAGGAAGAGGAUGAAGACGAAGACACAGAACAAAACAAGAACAACUAA